AGGAUGUGAGUUCCAUCAGUCACAGAAGUUCGGAGUGGCCAGGGGUGUGGCACAGAGGCUACUAUAAAGUCCUAAGGGGAGCAGCAUGUGAAUAUCUCAAUGGUGGAUUUAAUUAUCAAUCCGUCUUGCCCUUACUGAGCCGAGCUGACCUCACCGCCGCUGAAGCGGAGCUGGAAUUCUCCUGUGUCUCCGUGAAUAAACAUACAGGCACAAGGCUGGCCCUAGGAGCUGGGAGCCAGAAAGCGUCCUGUGUCGUUGGUAAGAUGUUACCACAGUGCCAUCUACAGGCAAGCUGAAAAGAGUAACACACUCAGCUGAGGAUUUGGCUGGCUAGCUCUUCUGAAGAGCCUUGUAGGUGACAUAAGAAGCUCACUGCCGGAGGCCCAGCUCUGCAAUCCUUUCUCAUACCCAGUUGCCUCCUGGAUUCCAUUGACACCACCUGCAUGACAAGCUGUGCGAGAUGUAGAGGGCCAAACACCAGCCUACAGCCUCCUGUUUUAUCCUCUACAAAAAGAGACUCUGCUGGGGAUGUAAAACAGAGUUCUGAAUGUUUCAGUGCUGGAAGGGGCAAAUGCUCACCAGAGAACUCCACGGCGGGACGCUUCACUUCUGCUUUAUUAGGAAUACAGGGAAACAAAAGGACUUGAAGCAGGUUGGAUUGCUGUAAUGCACCGUGUGUGAGGCUACAUGUCAAGGCCACUCAGGAACUGAUGCUUGGUGCUGCUGCUGCUUUCCUAAGGAGCCCUAAAUGGCACAGGAUCCAGGCCCAAAUUCUUAAAGGUCUAGCCAAGCCCAUGGGACUAGUUGAAGGUCCAGGAGGCUUGGGCCAGGGAGGAAUGGCUGCUACCUUGAGAGAUGACAGUCAUGAAUCUGAGACUAAGUAUGAAGAAUAUGGUUACAAUGCCCAGCUCAGCGACAGGAUAUCACUGGAUAGGUCCAUUCCUGACUACAGACCAAAAAAGUGCAAACAGAUGACCUAUUCCGAUGACCUGCCCCAGAUCUCGGUGGUCUUUAUUUUUGUAAACGAGGCUCUGUCUGUCAUCUUGCGCUCAGUGCACAGUGUUGUGAACCAUACCCCAUCCCAUUUGCUCAAGGAGAUCAUUCUGGUGGAUGACAACAGUGAUAACGUUGAGCUGAAGUUUAAUCUGGACCAGUAUGUCAAUAAGAGAUACCCAGGCCUGGUGAAGAUAGUUCGCAAUAACAAACGGGAAGGACUGAUUCGAGCCAGAAUCCAAGGCUGGAAAGCAGCAACUUCUCCGAUCGUUGGUUUCUUCGACGCUCAUGUUGAGUUCAACACUGGCUGGGUGGAACCGGCGCUUACCCGGAUCAAAGAAGAUCGAAAGCGAAUCAUCCUACCAGCUAUUGACAACAUCAAGUACAACACGUUCGAAGUGCAGCAAUACGCCAAUGCUGCCCACGGCUACAACUGGGGACUCUGGUGCAUGUAUAUAAUCCCGCCCCAGGACUGGCUCGAUAAAGGGGACGAGUCUGCUCCCAUCAGGACGCCAGCAAUGAUUGGAUGUUCGUUUGUGGUGGACCGAGAGUACUUCGGGGAGAUUGGCCUGCUUGACCCUGGCAUGGAGGUCUAUGGGGGAGAAAAUAUUGAACUGGGCAUGAGGGUCUGGCAGUGCGGGGGAAGCAUGGAAGUGUUACCUUGCUCGAGAGUUGCCCACAUUGAACGCACAAAGAAACCUUACAACAAUGACAUCGAUUACUAUGCAAAGCGCAAUGCCCUGCGGGCUGCUGAGGUCUGGAUGGAUGACUUCAAGUCACAUGUUUACAUGGCAUGGAACAUACCAAUGACAAACCCAGGAGUUGACUUCGGAGAUGUUUCAGAAAGAAUAGCUCUACGACAGCGACUGCAGUGCCGGAGUUUUAAGUGGUACCUGGAAAACGUCUAUCCUGAAAUGAGGGUUUACAACAAUACAAUCACUUACGGAGAGGUACGUAACAGCAAAGCUAGUGGCUACUGUUUAGACCAGGGAGCAGAAGAUGAUGACAAAGCGAUCCUCUACCCAUGCCAUGGAAUGUCCUCCCAGCUUGUCCGAUAUAGUUCUGAAGGGCUCCUGCAGUUAGGGCCUCUGGGCUCCACGGCCUUUCUGCCUGACUCCAAAUGUCUCAUUGAUGAUGGGAAAGGCAGGACCCCAACUCUGAAGAAAUGUGAAGAUGUCUUGAGACCAGCACAAAGACUCUGGGAUUUUACACAGAAUGGUCCAAUCAUCAGCAGAAACACUGGACGGUGUCUAGAAGUGGAAAUGUCAAAGGAUGCCAAUUUUGGGCUCAGACUUGUGGUACAAAGGUGCUCGGGGCAAAAAUGGAUGAUUAGAAACUGGAUAAAACAUGGUCGACAUUGACUACAGGGGUUGAGAAGCUAUCACCUCUGCCAUCGUCCAUUGCUCGGUGUGCGAUACCCUUCAAGGCAUUUGUGUUAAAGCAGACUACUAUGAAAAGGAGUUGACUACCCAGGGCCAUGGACUAUUAGGCACUGGUUGACAAACAGGCAAAUAAGCAUCCUGCCUGACUGUCCCUCAGAUCAAUGGAUGCCCUGGAAAUCUUGGGAUGGUCAAACAGAACAGAGAAGUGGGCUCAUUCCAGCUCUCCCAGAGGAAUUAAAAGACAGCUGUGUCUGUGAUGAGUUCAAAGGGGAGUUCCCUCUACUGCCUCAUUAAAAAGAAUCCUCUGAUGGAUAGCUUUUUAGCUUUAAGUUAUUGACUGGUGCACAACUCCUAUGAUGAAUAAUCAUGUGCCUUUUCUACUGUACUUCCUAUACAAGUGGACUUGGAAAUCCCAUCUUUUCAGCAUGUCUGGUUCAUUGUACUAAACAGCUAAAAACUGUGAAUAAAUAACACUGCAAAAUAUGAUAUAUUGUAAAUUUCAA